AUGAGGUCCGCCCUCCUCUCACUAUGUUUCCACUUAGCCCUAGCCAUUACACUGGCUGCAAGUGUUCUUGAUCUUGCUCAUAGUAGGGUGAUUGACGUAAAGCCACCACAACCUAGACCAAUACCGCACCGUAAACCAAAACCCACACCACGACCGGACCCAAAGCCGGAUCCCAAGCCUACACCACAGCCUCAACCAGAACCCACACCACGGCCGGACCCAGAGCCGGAACCCAAGCCAAUGCCACAGCCUGAACCCAAACCCACACCACAACCAGAUCCAAAUCCACUACCAGAACCAACACCACAGCCGGACCCAAACCCAGAACCCAAGCCAAUGCCACAGCCUGAACCCAUACCCACACCACAACCACUUCCAAAUCCUGAACCAGAACCAACACCACAGCCCGACCCAGAGCCAGAACCCAAGCCAAUGCCACAGCCUGAACCUAUACCCACACCACAACCGGAACCAAUACCACAACCGGACCCAGAGCCAGAACCCAAGCCAAUGCCACAGCCUGAACCCAUACCCACACCACAACCACUUCCAAAUCCUGAACCAGAACCAACACCACAACCGGACCCAGAGCCAGAACCCAAGCCAAUGCCACAGCCUGAACCCAUACCCACACCACAACCACUUCCAAAUCCUGAACCAGAACCAAUACCACAACCGAACCCAGAGCCAGAACCCAAGCCAAACCCACAGCCUGAACCCAUACCCACACCAUAA